GGGGUUCUUGGUCCAUGAUGAGAUUUAUAUCCACACGCUGUCUCCUUUAUCUUUUCCACCUCUCCUUCUUUCUUUUCCUUUGCCACAACUUUCUACUUGCACAAACACACGCACACCCCUGUCCCACUGUUAUUAGAUCUUCCUGUCCAUCCAUUACGAACGGCGCCAAUGUCUUUUACAACCGCUCAGGCGCACGAGCACGCCGUCUGGCUGAGCCAGCAGUACUCGCCUUGGUGUUUGCUACACAUGCUGCUCAAAAACCACAGCGAACUCUUCUCGACCGCACUCCUCGAGGAACUCCUCCCGCCCCACACACCCUAUCUGCCGAUAUCGUUUACUUCGCCUGCAUCACCCUCUACUUGCUCUUCUCCUUCGUCGUUAUCUUCUACUUCAUUUUCUCCCUCGGCCUCUUCUUCCAUUGCUUCACGGUCACACUCAAGUACAUUUGCACAGUCCACACAGUUCGCCCAACAGCAAGACCAAGAGAGCCCAAACCCGUCGUCAGCCCUGCGCCCAAAGGCUUACCUCUCGAGGUACCUGGUGCAGCGAUUACAUUUUGGAUACUAUGGCAACCGCAGCACUCUUCCCGAAUCUGCUGUCCGAUACCUGACUGCAAGGGCUCGUCUAGAGUUUGGAUAUUUUAUUAUCCGUGGGCGUGCGUUCUGGCAUGUGCUGCCUGAAGAUUUGGAAGAGCAUCAGGAUAUAGAUGCGCAGGACCCUGCAGGUUUUGAGGGGAAUGGGCAGGAAGCAAAACCAGGGGCCAAGGCUGAAGGACUGCAGGACCAGCACAGUCGACGAGCAAGAGCGCAGCAACGCCCACAUCGACAACGGCCACAACAGGGUCAGCAGAUGCAAGCGCAGGUCGACGAUAACGAUCCUGGUGGCAACAAGGACGAGGAUCCAAACGCAUUAGUAUUUUCAGAGACAUCGGCCAUCAUCGGAAGAAGGCGGGGCGGAGCUGGAGCGGCUGGCAGGGCCAGGUUGAACAGUCAGGAAGAACAGCGCGAGAGGAUCGUCAACGGAAAUCAACGGUGUGAGGAACGGGAAGAGCAAUUGCUUAUGGCAGAGGCUGUCAGAUACCUCGAGCGGCAGCACUCCAAGCUGAUAGUUGAUCUCCUGGUGGACUUAACGCAAGUCCCAUUGAAGCCACCCUUCUCACCAAACCCAGACCUGAGCACGGCAGCGACAUCAACUGAACUUUCCGAACGGCAGGUUGCGGCAAUUUACUGGAGGCGAGUCGCUUUGACUAAACUGAUCGAUUCACAAGCAGAAAUGGAUACCGAUAUACUGGCUAGGAUACCCUCUUCGCCGUUUCUAAAUCGACGUGCAGAUUGCUUUUGGAUGGACCGCUUACAGCGCCCACCAACAGUGUCCAUGACACUGAAGGAUUUAAAGACGCAGUCCCAGCCGCAUGGCGGUAUGCGAAUGGUUCAAGACGACGCUCGUCUCUUUCAAAUCGCAUCGGGUGUCUUUGACGGACUUGCAAUGCAUCCGAAAAAGUGGGGGAGAUCUGUACGCAGCAUCAUCGAUGGUCCUCGCCUGUACUCGCCCAGUAUUGUUGAAAGUCUCGUUGUCGAAUACGGAUAUAUGCCCUUGCCCGAAGACGAUGCUGAUCGCAAAAUGCACUACAAGGGCGGUUGCAGGGCGAUGACGGGAGAGCCAGAUGUAUUUCCGAGCGAUGGGUCGCAUGUUAUCAAUAGGCAGGGGCUGAAGGGCCAGGGUACCUCAAUCUGGUACUUCUAUAACCUGCAGCACACUGAAGUCAUGGUAGCAUUUCUGAUGCACCGGGCCCCAGUUGUAUUGGAUUGGUUGUUUGAGCAGGGGUUUGAACUUAAGCCUCGAUCAGGCCUGAGAUGUCCGGGUAUCUCACGGGUAUUGCUCUUGCAGUGCUGUAUCCCUGGAUGCCACGCAAUGGUCCGACAUGUUUAUCAGCAAUCUACAGCCUCGCCGGUCAUGUCAUCCUCUGUGGCCGUUAGGACAAUGAAGACGGAGCUAUUAGGCUAUGGCAACAAACCCAAGCGUAUCGAGUUUCGGCAGGAAGACUUUGCUGAGGUUCUUAAGGGAGUUCCGCUGUCGCAUUUGCGCGAGACGUUGGAUAUCAUGAGGGAUCUCGGGAUGGAGAGCUACAUAGUGCAGAAUCGGCUGAUGGAGCAGCUCCAGAUCCCCGGGGGGCCGGCGCCAGUGGAUGUGGAGAAGGUCAAACUGACCGUUCUGUUUGCCAAUUGCGUCCAGAACUUUAAAUCAUCCGCUUCUGAUACUAUGCUGGCAGCGACCGAUAUAGUCAACCUCGCACUUCAGCAGUCGUUUGAAAUCCAAAUGGACUCUUCAGGGGUGUUCGACCGGGAGUGGAAACACACGUUCGAGGACACACUCUUGAGCCUCCGACGGGAGCGUUUGAUCGUCCAUUCUCACGUAUCAGCUUGGAUUCAGGAGUCGUUGGAUCCCGCACAGGCAGCUUUUCGGAUUUGUUUCGACCACGUUAUAUUGGACACACUGCUCGGGAUCACGGAGUGGAACGUGGCGCAAGUCAAACGAUUGCAAAAGUGGACCAGGCUUCAAGAAAGAGAGGCGCGUAUGAAGAGCACCAGAACUGGUCGCCAGUGGGAACAGAUCAAGAGGCGACUGGUGUUCGUGCAAGACAAGGAUGUUGAUGGCAAAGACGAUCUGAUGCGGAGUGUUGGAGAGCAAAGGAGGAUCGGACUGAACAUUGAAUGGACAACGAAUGACCAGAUUACAAUGCUACCCUCAGGUAUUGUCGCCAGCCUGCCAAAGGGCAGUGAGAUGGUCAGGAUCAGCGAUGACGGCUAUCUGCUGCUGGAUAAUGGAUGUUUGGCCCAGGGUCUAUUGCUUUGCAACCAACUCGUAGAGGGAGAUGCCGUCCUGGACACGAAUAGCAGGGUGGACGAGUUCUUGCGAAAGGGCGCCAAUGUGGAAGAGAAGCACUGGAUCUGGCUGGCUAUGGGACUGGUGACCGUGUCACUGCAAGGUCCACGGGUGGCCGAGAUUCCACUCUCUGAAUCUUCAGCUGCUGGCAAUCGCUCGAUCCGCAUCAAGAUGGCAUGUUCGCCCGAGGCAUAUCAGCUUGUAUGGUUGCUUGCACUGACAUUUGUGCGACAGUCGGCAUUCUCGGAGGAGGAUAUGGCUGCUUAUGAAGCAAGUGCGAAAGAGGACUUGGAUGCAAUGGAUCAAGGCAGCGACUACCAUCCUGGCCAUGGAAACCCCUUGUCGCCCCCCCAUCGAUCGCCAUCGUCAGCGUUAGUGUCGGGAUCAGUUUCGCCGCCACUAUCUCCGGUCCCUCUUUCGUCAUGCGGUGCCAGGGUCCGUGCACUGCAGAGACAUCUUUAUAGCCGUUUGGGGGUUGAUGCCUGGCUGCUGAUCGACAUCCUGACGGAGAUCGAAAGCGAGAUAGAGGAGCAGCUCGCGUACGAGCGUGAGCUCGACAGGCAGCCUGAUGCGGCCGAUCGGAGCUAUGGCGAAUGAAGAGAGGUCCUCGACAAAAUAGUCUUUAUUCUCCAUACUCCAUCCAUAAAAAAUGGUGCUACCUAAAUAUCUCCUCGAUAAAAAUUUAAAGCAUGGAGCAUGGA